GAGGGAGGGAGAACCCACCCCUGCCAGCUGACUGGUAAGCUAUCCGGGAGCUUUAAUGCAGCUGCAGCUCUUCAUUCAGAUGCUGAGAGGAGCCGCGGAUCGCCACCCGAGGAGGAGUUUUUUCCUCCCCCUCCUUGUAGGGCAUAAAAAAACAGAGACAGUCCAUUUUUUUGUAACCGCAUUUCAUCCUCUUCCUGCAUACUGAGGGAUUCUCCCGCAACUUAAUGUUGGAAAGCGCUGCCCUGGAUGCAGACUGUGAGGAUUGCGGCAAUCCAAGACAUCCUGAAUGAUCGGAUCUCAGCAGCACCAGCCUCUCGUUGUGUGAAAUGCGUCACCGCGGUCCGGUUUACACAUCCCACCUCUCCGCUCACGGACCGUUUCGUUUGCUGACUGCUUCAUCGGGUAACCACAUGCGCGGGCCGGCGUCACCGCGCUGAUCCCAGAGAGCACGAAGGGUAUCAGGGGUCAGUGAGACAAGAGCGCUUAGGGGCGGGGGAGAAAAACCAGGCGGACCGGAUGACGUCCAGAACCGCCGAGGCCUCGGGGCUCCUGGCGCCUCCGCAACGCUGCCACGGGGGGCUCCAGGCCGGCAACGGCACCUGCGCGGAGCAGCUCAGCCUCCUCCCGCCGCUCUCCUCCACCCUCGCGCUCCUCGUGCUGGUGGCCGUGCUCGUGGGGAUCGUCCUCGUCUCCCUGGCAACGUUCCACUUCCACAAGAGGAAGCUCCGGAACAGGAAGAUCCAGCGCGCGCAGGAGGAGUUCGAGCGCGACAGUCGCAGCCCCUCGCGCGCCGGCCCCGGCGCCGGGGAGCCCGCGAGGCCGUGCGUCAUCGUGCGACCGGUGAGGCGUGACGAGAAGCCCUCGAGCCGGAGCGUGGACAGCGAGGACGCACAGACAGUUGCUCUGGACUGUUAACUCCGGGAAACUUCAGGGAAUGAGACUGUGGAAUAAACUGGAAAAGCAAUAAGGCACAAGAACCCCAUCCGCCCCCCCCUCCAAUCCCCGCUGCUUGUAGAUGACUUAUAGACACGUUAGGGUUAGAAAGCAGAAUAGCAGACCUAAUAGACCUAGAUAUAUCGCUGCAGUGACACACAGGCUAGCUGUGGCAGCUGCAAACUUUCAUUUCAGAGUUACAUCAGUACAGGGCCACGCUGCAACAACAACACCAGAAGAAGCAGAUCUGAAGGCUGAGAUUCAUCAUGAGUCUUAGUGAUUAUUGACUAAGAAGGAAAACAAGAAGAUGGGGGUUCUUGAUGGAUCCAGAAGGAUCAGAUACAUUGGGACAAAUGAAUGGAUAAUGCUCUGGAGUGUGGGAAGAAGACUUGCCGUCAAUUGGAGACUGAUGUACCUGAUUGAGUUGUUCAACUGAAUUGGACUCAAUUUGAUUGAAUUGGGCGGUACCUAAACGGAUUUGCAUUGGACAUGUUUUGUACAGCACUAUGACAUUACUUUAGUUGUGCAUCGGUACUCCCAGUAAUAUGCCGGAAAGGUUUUUGUUAAGAAAUGAGGAUGGUUCGUGAUGAGGCAUGAUGCAGAUGGGUGGGACUAGAGGUGAAUAAUGAGGAUCAGUGUGAUGAGAGGGGGAUUAGUGUAAUGACAAGAGGUUAUAAUGAGGCGUGGGGUAGAUAAGAGGGGGGGGGGGGGCAUAAUUAGGGUAUGACACAUAUGAGUAGGAUGAGAGGACUCAAUGAGGUAUGAAGAGAAGUGGUGGUUUGUGAAGCGGUCAUAACAAGACAGGAGAUAGAGGAGUGGGAUAAGACGGUGUCGUAAUGAGGCAUUAGGAGGAUGUCUGGGAUGUGAAGGAGUCAUAAUUUAUGAUGGGAUGAGGGGGGGGGGGUCAUAAUAAGGCAUGGGAAGAAUCAGUGGGGUGAGAAGGGGUCAUAAUGAGGAAAAGAGAGGAUGACAGGGAUAAAAGAAGGUCAUAAAGUGUGAGGAUGAUGAGAGGGGAACAUAAUUGGGCUUUCGGGUGAUGAAUGGGAUGUGAAUGGGGUUAUA